AGAUACAAACACAUCCAUUUGAGAGAGAGAGAAAGACAGGGAGAGUCGUCGAGAAUCAGGUCCGCAGAUACCCAAUCUUCUUACCUCCCCAGAAUAUUUUCCUUUCAAUUAAUCGAUCAACUUCACCUGAUGGUGUUGUUCAACCAGUGUUCUUAGGGUUUACUAAACUGUCAGCUGCUUGUUUCAUCCAUCUGAAUUGAGAAUCUAGGGAUGGCAGAAUAUCUAGCCAUACCAUCUCAGAUCAAGCUGCAUUCGAGAAGAAGACCCAUUUCAAACUUGUGCUUUCUUGGCAAACAUUCACUUAUCAAAGUUCAAAGUCAUUUUAGGUUCUUUUCCUAUAAAAGACAUUCAAUAGUUGGUCAGGUAUCAUGGAAUGAAAGAAAACAAGAUCUUGCCUAUGUGCCAAAUAAAAAGUUAGGGCCUUGCCUGAAGUAUAAGUAUACACGGUAUUAUUGCUUGGGAACAUUGACAAAUGCUGAUGGUUUCACACCUUCUGACUGGAUUCCUUUUGUCAAUCAAGCACUUCUUAUGACCAGUAUAUUCCUCACACAUAUGGCUGGAGCAAUUCCCCAUAACAAGGCACCAUUAAGGUCACCAAUGGACAUGUUGAAUGACUAUACACUUGCAGGAGAUCCUACAUUUUCGGGUAGUGCCAAACCAAGUGAAGAGGUAGUUAACUUAAAGUGUGCCUGGGAGUUGGUGGAAGUAAAACUUAUGAAUGCAGUGGAUGCAGUUGGAAAUGAGAUAUCUUCCAGCCAGAUGCUUAUUGGAAGUGAUCAAGACCGAACAAAACAACCUUUGAGCUUAUACGCUAUUGCUGAAGUUCAUCGGCUCAGAUUACUUUGUGCUACAUUUCAGGGGCUAAAGGAAGAGGUUGAUAACAUGGUCAGAAAGCAUGGUACUGUAAGCAUCAAUGAUUGGUGUAUAUUUUUCUCUGAAAUUAUCCUGAAAUCAUGCAAACAAGUCUACAUGUCUUGGCUGGGUAAGGAACUAUGCUUGAAAACCAACAAAUCUCUGAAGGAACUUUUUCCAUUGUUGGUGGAGAAGAUAAGGGGAGAUGACACUGUCUUGCAAAACAUUAAAAAGUCCAGCAAAGAGAAUCUUUAUGCUGAGCUAACACACUUCCUUGCAUAUGGUUCUCUUGGGAAAGAUUGCUGUUACAAUUCUAGCUUGUUUAUUCAGCAUGGAGCUUCAAUACUGGAAGAUCUAAUCAUUGGCUUAGCUGAUGGAGUUGCAAGCAUAUAUUUAGAGCUUAUUUCUGUGGAUGGUACCAUGUUGAAUGAAAUGAAUAGCCUUGGAUUUACAUUCUGUACAUUGUCAACACGAGAGCUUCAGAAGUUGCGGAAUGAGGUAGCAGUUAACACGUGGUUACAUCAGAACACGGAGGCAAUAGUGUCAAUGUAUGAGGAUCGUUUUGAUUUACGCAUUCUUCAGAGCCGAAUCAUUGAGGAACCAACCAGGAGCCACAUUGAAGAUUUCAACUGGUGGAAGAAGCUAACCCGGAGGAAAUCAGGAUACAUAUCAUCUCCUCCACAAUAUCUAGCAAUAAGCUAUCAAGCUUUGAUGGUUAGGAGGACUCAAGAGUUGAGGGCCUUGACAGGGUGGCAAUACUACUACAGUCUCUACCUGGAGUUAGUUGACAUUACUUCUCCAUUUAUCAGGACUGCUUUUGAGAAAUUGCGCGACGCCAUCUCAUUUUUCCUCGUUUCUUUAAUUGGGCGGUCCUUAGGACUUAUCUACACUGGUAUAAGGCAGUGUUUGCGAUGGAGGUGAUACGACACUUUCCCUCUUUUUUUAGGGGGUGAAAUUCUAUGCUAUAUUUUAUUAUUUCAUGUGAUGAUAUAUACUGAUGGAUGAACUUGACAUUUAAAAGCUAUCAUUUUUUAAAAUUUAAAAAUGGAUUGGUUAUUCAUUUU